UCGAAAGAGUCAUGGACAACAAAUAUAUAUACAGGAGAAACACACAGUCACGCUCACAGAGAGAGCGAGAUGGCAACGGCAAUGGCAUUGGAUGACGUCACCCACCGGACGCUGGAAGUGAACGGCAUCAAGAUCCACGUCGCCGAGAUCGGCGACGGCGCGGCCGGCACCGUCCUCCUCCUGCACGGCUUCCUGGAGCUUUGGUGCUCGUGGCACCACCAGCUGCGAUCCCUCUCCGAGCGCGGCUACCGCUGCCUGGCCCCCGACCUCCGCGGCUAUGGCGACUCCGCCGCCCCGGCCUCCCCGUCGUCCUACACCGCUCUCCACAUCGUGGGCGACCUGGUCGGACUCCUCGACGCCCUGUCCCUGCCGCAGGUGUUCGUGGUGGGGCAAGGCUGGGGCGCCCUGCUGGCGUGGCACCUCUGCACGUUCCGCCCCGAGCGGGUGCGCGCGCUGGUCAACAUGAGCGUCGCCUUCAUGCCGCGCAACCCGGCCGUGAAGCCGCUCGAGCUGUUCCGUCGGCUCUACGGCGACGGGUACUACCUCCUCCGGCUGCAGGAGCCCGGCGUCAUGGAGGCAGAGUUCGCGCAGAUGGACACCAAGUUCAUCUUCAAGAAGCUCCUGACGACCCGCGACACCGGCGCCAUCUCCAUGUCCAAAGAGUGGUGGGGCCCGACGGACGAGGACAUUCCUUUGCCCCCGUGGGUGUCAGAGGACUACGUCGGCCACCUCGCCGCCAAGUUCGACGAGACGGGGUUCGCCGGCGCCAUGAACUUCUACCGCUGCCUCGACCUGAACUGGGAGCUGACUGCGCCGUGGACUGCGGCCAAGGUGACGGUGCCGACCAAGUUCAUGGCGGGGGAAUCGGCGAUGUCGUACAACUACACGGGGGUGCAGGAGUACAUACACAAGGGCGGGCUCAAGGGCGACGUGCCGGGGCUUGAGGAGGUGGCGGUAAUCGCCGGCGGUGCGCACUACAUCCACCUGGAGAAGGCGGAGGAGGUCAGCGAGCACAUCUACGACUUCUUCAAAAAGUUCUGACCAAAGCGCAGGCCUUCGAGGAAGACAUGGCGUAUGCAAGUGAUGAGAGUAUGUUCGAGUAUGUAAAUGUUGUUAGCAAGAUGUUUGAUAGUGAGGCUGAAGGCUAUGAAUUCUACAACAAAUAUGCUCUUGAAAAAUGUUUUAGUGUGAGGAAAAGCUACGUUGAGUGGGAUGGAUCCAACAAAUACAUAAUUUUAAGGAAAAUUGUGUGUAGUCGUCAAGGGUUUCGUGAAGAGAAGCACAUGAAAAGAAAGAUGGAAGAUAGAAAGAGGAGGCCACGAAGUUUAACUCGUGUUGGGUGUAAUGCUAAAUUGGUAAUUACGAGACAGGAGGAAACCGGUCGGUGGUUUGUCAAGGAUUUCAUCGAUGAGCACAGCCAUCCUCUAGCCCCACGGGAUCUUUCUUGUCUGCUGCGUUCGCACAGACGAAUUAGCGAUGAGCAGAAAGCGGACAUGGAAAAAUAUGGGAUCCGCAAAUAUCGUAUUAUGGAUAUUUUGUGCUUUUAAUACGGUGGAUUUGAUAAGGUUGGAUGCAUAAAGAGGGACGUUUAUAAUUUCUGCCAUGCUAAUAAGUAGGAGACAAUCAGUGCCGGUGAUGCUAAUACGGUGAUCAUGCACAUGAUGGCGAGGCGAGAGCGAGAUGUGGAUUUUUUCUUCAAGUACUUGGUAGACGAGCAUGGCCAUCUGAAAG